AUGCCAAAGUUUCUCUGUCUUCCAGGUUAUCUUCAAAGCGGAAAAGUUUUUGCUGAAAAGUCUUCCGGAUUGCGGAAGCUUCUAACCAAAAAGCUUGGCUAUGAGCUCGAUUACAUUGAUCCCCCAACGAUGAUCAACGAUAAGAAAGACCUUCCUUUCUCUUUGGGCGCAGACGAGGCAGAAGCAACUGAAAAAUGGAACCAAAUUGUGGAAAGCGACAUCAACAGAUGCUGGUGGGUUCACACCGAAGAUGGCGAAUAUAAGGGGUUUGCUGAAGCUGUUGAUUAUGUAAUCUCCCACAUCAAGACUAACGGGCCAUAUCAUGGUAUCAUUGGAUUUUCUCAAGGUGCUGCGAUGUCUGCUGCCAUCGCCAACUCUGUUUCCGAGCUUCUUCCUUCCCACGGCCCUUUCAAAGUUGCUGUCUUAUUCUCUUCUUUCGCUUUCACUUUGCCUGUGAAUCUGCAAGAUAGUAUUUCUGGACUUAGCACUACCAUUUCAGACUUGGAGGAGUACAAGACCAAAGUACACUUGGUGGAGAAAUACAAGCACUUCUUCACUUCGCCUGCAGAACUCCCCACUACUAUUGUCUCUGUCUUCGGCUCUGAAGAUGUUGUGGUACCACCAAUUAGAACCGAAUAUCUCAAUCUGUUAUUUUCCAGCGAGGUAAAAGUUUUCAAGCACGAUGGCGGUCACUAUUUGCCUAACAAGAAGCAAUUUUUGAACCCUAUUGUGGAGUGUUUGAAAGAGGCUUGCGAAGAUAAGGCCAGUUUAUAG